AUGGCAUACGACUACGUGAAUCUGGAAGAAGACGUCGGCGGCGAGGAUGCCGCCUUGCGCCCAGGCGGCGAGAAGCCUAACCACCUGGGACGAGUGCGGCGACGCCAGGCCAUAUACAUGACAAUCCUCAAGGCAUUCAAGGACAUACUCCUGAUCUGCCUCUCCAUCCUCGCCAUCGCCGCCUGCUGGAAAGCCCUAUCCUCCCGACCGAACCCCUUGCCCUGCGACUGCGGCGACUCCGUCGCCGAAGCCAAAGCCAUGGGCUGCAUCUACGACGACAUGGCCCCCGCGUGGCUCCCACCACACUGCACCGACCCCGAACUCAAAGCCGAAUGGGACAAGGCAGGCGACGGCCCCAACGGCCGAUGGCAAUAUUGGGCGGACGCGAACCACACGCGGGAGCUGAGCGUGGAGGAAGUCAGCCUCCUCGCCGACACGCCGGGCGAGUACUUUUACACGACGCCGCGCUGGCACCUAAUGCACUGCUUCUACUACUGGCGCAAGCAGCACAGGGCGAGCUUCACGGGCGUCACGAUCGAGGGGCGGUAUAAGAGCGAGAGGCACGUCAAGCAUUGCGGGGAUAUGUUUCUGCAUCCGCCGACUGGGUUGACGUACUCGUAUGUCACGCUCAAAAGCAGCAGUCCUGAUCCGCCCGAGUUUGAGCUGAGGCGGUUGAAGGCCGCGGGGAUUGAUCCGUUUGAGUUUGACACCAGGGCUGAAGCGCGUUAG